AAAUAAAAACAAAAAGAAAAGCAAACAAAACGCAGCCUGAAAACACAAAUUACAAAGAAAAAAAGAUAGCAAGCAUAGCUGCGAAAAGUAAAAGAGCGAGAAAGAGAAGGAGAAAGUGCAAUUAAGUGCAUAGAAAGAGAAAGAGAAGGCGACAAAGAGAAAGAUAACGAGAUUUAAGAGAAGAAGAGUGGAGGUUCCAUCACCGCCAUGACAAUCAUACUCUUCCUGGUGGACACCUCGUCGUCCAUGUGCCAGAAGGCGUAUGUGAACGGGGUGCAGAAGACGUAUCUGGACAUUGCCAAGGGCGCCGUGGAGACCUUCCUCAAGUACCGACAACGCACCCAGGACUGCCUGGGCGAUCGCUAUAUGCUGCUGACCUUCGAGGAGCCGCCGGCCAAUGUGAAGGCCGGCUGGAAGGAGAACCAUGCCACGUUCAUGAACGAACUGAAGAACCUGCAGAGCCACGGCCUGACCUCCAUGGGCGAGUCGCUUCGGAAUGCCUUCGAUCUGCUCAACCUCAACCGGAUGCAGUCGGGCAUCGAUACUUACGGACAGGGACGGUGUCCCUUCUACCUCGAGCCCUCGGUCAUUAUUGUGAUCACCGAUGGCGGGCGGUAUUCGUAUCGGAAUGGUGUCCACCAGGAGAUCAUACUGCCGCUGAGUAACCAAAUACCCGGCACCAAGUUCACCAAGGAGCCCUUCCGCUGGGAUCAGCGCCUGUUUUCAUUAGUCCUCCGGAUGCCGGGCAACAAGAUCGACGAACGGGUGGAGGGCAAGGUGCCGCACGACGAUUCACCCAUCGAGAGGAUGUGCGAGGUGACGGGUGGGCGGUCGUAUCGCGUCCGGAGUCACUACGUCCUCAACCAGUGCAUCGAGAGUCUCGUGCAGAAGGUGCAACCGGGUGUGGUGCUCCAAUUCGAACCCCUGCUGCCGAAGGACUCCUCCAAUCCCAGUUCCGUCAAUUCGGGAGCGGGGUCCGGUUCGGGAUCUGGCCCCGGCGGCGGCGGUGGCGGCGGUGACCCAGCACCGGACAUUGUCUUUCAGCCGGUGAAGAAGAUGAUCUACGUACAGAAGCACAUCACCCAGAAGACCUUCCCCAUCGGCUACUGGCCGCUGCCGGAGCCCUACUGGCCCGACUCCAAGGCCAUCACCCUGCCGCCCCGCGACGCCCAUCCCAAGCUGAAGAUCCUGACGCCCGCCGUCGAUGAGCCGCAGCUGGUGCGCAGCUUUCCGGUGGACAAGUACGAGAUCGAGGGCUGUCCCCUGACGCUGCAGAUCCUCAACAAGCGCGAGAUGAACAAGUGCUGGCAGGUGAUCGUGACGAAUGGGAUGCACGGCUUCGAGCUGCCCUUCGGCUAUCUGAAGGCGGCGCCGAACUUCAGCCAGGUGCACCUGUACGUGCUGGCCUACAACUAUCCCGCCCUGCUGCCGCUCCUCCACGAUCUGAUCCACAAGUACAACAUGAGUCCUCCCAACGAUCUGAUGUACAAGUUCAAUGCCUACGUCCGCUCCAUACCGCCGUACUACUGCCCCUUCCUGCGCAAGGCCCUGGUGAACAUCAAUGUGCCGUACCAGCUGCUGCAGUUCCUCCUGCCGGAGAACGUGGACAACUAUCUGUCGCCGACGAUCGCCAACCAGCUGAAGCACAUCAAGAACACCGCCAAGCAGGAUCAGGAGAAUCUCUGCCUCAAGGUCUACAAGCAGCUGAAGCAGCCCAAGCCACCCUACCGUCAGGUGGAGACGGCCAAGCUGUGCACCGGUACGGCUCUGAGGAGGGAUCUGGUGAGGCAUCCCCUCCUCCGGGACACCUUCGCCAAGUUGCAUGCAGAAAUCGAGCCGGUGGAGAACUAUACCAUUGUGGUGCCUCAACUGACGCACCAAGCGUCGGCCAAGACGUACAGGAAUCCCUUCGAUAUACCGCGACGGGAUCUUGUUGAGGAAAUCGCUAGGAUGCGCGAGACCUUCCUGCGACCCGCCUCGCUGGUGGCCAAGGACUCGGGCCACUGCCUGCCCAUCGCCGAGAUGGGCAACUACCAGGAGUACCUCAAGAACAAGGACAAUCCGCUGCGCGAGAUUGAGCCGACCAACGUGCGCCAGCACAUGUUCGGCAAUCCCUACAAGAAGGACAAGCACAUGGUGAUGGUGGACGAGGCGGAUCUCAGUGAUGUGGCGCCGAUGAAGUCACCCAAUGGCAAUGGCCCCGGCGGUGCUCCGCCCGGUUCGCCCUCUGGCUCUGGGUCGCCAUCGGGACAGGGACCCUCGUCGUCGGGUCCACCGGGCUCGGGACCUGGACCGGGUCCUGGAAUGCCCGGUGGCAUGGUUGGCGGCGGUGGAGUUAUGGGAGGCCUGAUGAUGGGCGGUGGGGGCGGCAAUCCCAGCAAGAAACUGGACGGCACUGGCCGCGGACGGAAACGGAAAGCGGGACCACUGCCACGAGGAUUCGAGUUCCGUCGCCUGUCGACGGACUCGCGAAGUUCCUGCUCCAGUUCCAUAUCGUCGGCGUCGAGCGGCGACCUGGGCACCUCGGGCGCCGGCCUGGGCAGCGACUCCUCGGGAGCCGGUCUGUCCGGCGACAGCUCCUCCAAUUCCAUGGCCUUUGACGAGGACAGCAACAGCAGCUUUGCCAGCUCCAGCUCGGAGGCCUCCACCGACUCUGGCAUGUCGCUGGCCCACUCGGAUCGCCUCGGCUUUGAGUUCAACGACGAGGAGACCAGCGACCAGGACACGCCCCUUAACGGCUACGUGCACAACUUCAUCAACGGCAUCAACGACGAUCCGAUGCUGGGAUCGGCCGAAACGGAAGCCGGUCCGUCUGCGGGAGCAGCUGCUGGCCCGCCUGGUUCCGCCGGCUCGGGAUCAGCUGCCGCCGCCUCCACAUCCGAAUCCUCGACGAUAGCCACUGCCUCAGUUGCCUCUGCGCCCGCAUCCACACCCGCCGCCAUUCUGGUCAGCAGCACCAGCAGCAAUGGCGGCGAUUCGUGCACGCCAAGUGCCUCCGCGACCGCCACCGGCGCCCAUCCCGGGCCCAGCUCCUCGGGCGUGCUGUAUGUGCCGCAGAACGGCCUGACCGCGGCGUGCGUGGCAACCUACAGCAGCAACCUCAGCUCGCCGCUGGACAACCUGAGCUCCAUGGGUGCGACGGGAGGUCCUGGCCUGGGACUGGCCACCUUGGCAGCCCUGAGUGGGAAUACCAAGCCCGGAACCCUGUCGCUAGCCAACGGAUUCGGGCAUGGACACACGUCAGUGAUAUCGCCGCCUUCGCCUCUGGCCACUGUGCCCCCGAAUCCCCUGGGAUUGGGCAGCAGCAGCAGUAGCAGCGGGAACUCCAUUUCUAGCUCUGGAGCGUCGAGCAGCAGCGCCACAUCGUCCGCGACGGGAUCGACGAGCUCCUCAUCCGCCUACUUCAGUCACAACGACAUCAACGACGCCUCGGAGAUCUCGCGGAUACUGCAGACCUGCCACAACGGCACCAGCGGCAGCAGCGGGAGCAGUUCCUCCAGCACCUCCGGCGGCAGUGGCAGCAGCAGUAGCCUGAACGGCAACGGAAACGGUGAUUCCGGUAGUGGCGGUGCCGAUAGCGACCAUUUGGGAUUCGGGGCAGCGAACAGUUUCGAUGCCCUGAAACGGGCAGCGGGAACGGGGACAAGUGCGGGCAACCCGCACUACUACUGGGCCAGUGGACUGAAUCAUCACCAGAACCACACGACGAGCGCUGCAGGAGGAGGCACUGCAUCGGCCGCUGGAUCUGGAACAACGCCCGCCGCCAGCAACAAUCACCGGAGUAGUCCCAGCAAAAUAGCCGAGAUCAAGGCCAGUUCCAGCUGCUCAUCCUCGCCGACGCACAACAAUAAUGGCGACCUAAGUGCCCCACCAGUGACGAACCCGCUCAUCCUGACCGACGAACAGCGCGAGGCUGCCCGGAAGCACAACAUCGAUUUGCGGCUACAGGUCUUCCGGGAUAUUCGACGGCCUGGCCGGGACUACAGCCAGCUGCUGGAGCAUCUGAAUCUGAUCAAGGGGGAUCAUGAGAUGCAGUCGGAUUUCGUGGAGAAGUGCAUUGUGGAGUCGUUGCGCUUCCGAAGGCAUCAGAUGGUGUCCAGCAUACAGGAUUGGUGGGAUCGGAAGCAACAGCUGACGAGUUAGCGAUGGCUACUCCUUGCCAAGCACCACUGAGUCCUGGCCAGGAGCGGUAGCCGGCUCAUCCAACAAUCCAUCUGUCUGUGAUGUCAUCGAAAAAAUCGAAAAAAUCGAAAAAAUGGAAAGGAGUUAUGAAGGAGUUCUCGUCAAUUUCCAAAUUGUAUAUAAAAUCGAGCAUGGGUAUGGAGAAAAUGAACAGAAACAGGAACAGGAUCAUCAAGGAUCAUAAAGGAUCAUCAAGGAUCCUAAAAAAUCAAGAUCUAAACACCAGAAAAA